UCUGUAUUAUAUUUUUGAGAUUGAAAUUUAAGAUGUAAAUACAGUGAAUCAGCCUUUACUGAAAUCAAAUAUUGGUGAGAGGGUCUGAAACAGAGUAACUACUUCGUAUUGCAGAGAUUUCAGUGCAGAGAGGUAGAAAACGUUUUGAUCAAAGCAAAACCCAAAAGUGACGAUUGUCUUCGCCUACAAUUUCGAAUGGCUCCAUCUUCGGUUGAAGUUCUUUUCCUGUUGGCCUUUGCAUGUGUCAGUGGAUUCGCUGAUAAGAUUAAAAGAGAUGGAUUUAUGAAGGAAAUUCACCACAACUUUGCAAAUGAUGAGCUACAUAGAGUAUUUGGAACAGAGGAUUUGUCUCAAGUUCCAGAUUAUCAGGUUGUUCAUCCAUAUACUGUCGAUCACAAUGCAGAAAGAAGCUCGAGAGCCCGUAGAAGUCUCCACCCUUCAGAACCCAUGUUUGUUCACUUCAAAGCCUUUGGAUUGGACUUCCACAUUAACAUAACAAUGAACAAGGACAUUGCAACUGAAAAUCACUUCUUCGAGCACCACACAGAAAAUGGGAUCGAAAGACUAAAAGGCAGAGCAAAUACACUCAGUAAAGGAAAAGUUGUCUCAGAUGAUCUUUCCAAUGUUGCAUUGGACCAUACCUCUGGGCUGAGCGGGAUGAUCAUAAGAGAUGAUGACAUUUACAUAAUCACGCCAGUGCCAAAAAGGCAUGUUGGAGUCAGCAAAGCCAGCGAUUCUCAUGGUGCUCAUAUAAUAUAUAAGCGAUCUGCUUUGCCAUUGACACAUCCAGAACAUACCCAGUCUUGUGGUUUUGCAGAGCAAUUGCAAAGCCUGAGGACAUCGUUGAAACGAAAGCGGCGCUCAACAUCAUCUAAGCCUGAGAAGACGAUGGAAUUACUUGUUGCAGCAGACAAAAAUAGCAUAAAAUAUCACGGAAAAGAUUUUCUUCAUUCGUACCUCCUCUCCAUGGCAAACAUUGUUGCUGGUAUUUUUCGCGAUCCAACAUUGGAAUAUCCAAUAACAGUUGCAGUAACAAGAGUUGCUCUUAUAGAAAACGACGCGCUUGAUAAUGCCACAGAUAUGUCUAACUUGCUUUCCAAGUUCAGAUCAUGGGUAAAUACAAACAACCCAGAAGAUGAUUCAGACCCAUUGCAUGUAGACAAUGCUGCUUUGCUCAUAAGGGGUGGAUGUUUUGGAGGAUGUCAACUGGGAGGACUUGCUUACCUCGGCAUGUGUGGAAGAGGUUCUAGUCAAAGUGUUUCAAAAGACAGAGGUUUGAUGUCUGCCUUGAUCAUGGCACACGAGAUAGGACACAAUUUAGGACUUGAACACGACGAUGGCAAUUCUUCUAUUGCCGGCGAAUGCCCGGAUGGCAUCAACAUUAUGGCAUCUGGAAACGUACAAGGAAGCGGAGCAUUUGAAUGGUCUAGCUGUGACUCGAAGGAGCUAGCCCAGAGGUUGAGUUCUUCUUCUUCCAAUUGCUUCAACGAUAAACCCACUGCAAAAGUGCUCACAAAUGCCACUUUCCAGCAUUAUGGAGUAGUCUAUAACGGAGAUAAACAAUGCGAGUUGGCUCAUGGUAAAGGUUACAAAAGAUGUCCUGUGUAUAAGGAGAACUGCAAUAAGUUGAUGUGCCAAAGGCCAACUGGAGAUUACUGUGAUUUUCUUUCGUAUCCGCCAGCUCAUGGAACAGACUGCUCGCUCUAUCAUUGGUGUAUUUAUGCAACUUGUGUACGAGACUCAUCUCCAAUACCAGAUCCUAUCAACGGGGGUUGGUCGGAUUAUGGAGAAUAUACUACUUGCAACCGUAAUUGCGGAGGAGGCGUCCAAUGGAGGGAAAGAACUUGCACAAAUCCAUCGCCCCUACAUGGAGGCAAAGCAUGCGAAGGAUCGACAAAGGGGCAUUACAAAACCUGCAACAUGCAUACAUGUCCAGCUGGAACAUUGGAAUUUAGGGAGGAGCAAUGCAAGCAGAUAAAAAGCACAAUGUUUCCACUAUAUGACUCUUCAUCCCCUUGCAAGAUUGUUUGCCAAGAAGAGAAUGCAAAUCCAUAUUAUUACGGUAACGUCGCAGACGGAACGUUUACAACUGCCGGUGUCGCUUUUGAAGGAGAAAAGGCUUUUUUCAGUAGUUACGAUAUGUGCAUUCAAGGAAAACCAGAGAGUGUUGGCUGCGACAAAGUUCUAAUGUCCGGUGCAAUAUACGACAGAUGCAAUGUUUGUGGUGGUGAUGGCUCCACUUGCAGUGCCAUCACUGGUGUAAACAAGGAGCCAUAUGGUUGGCAAGGGCAGUAUGAAAUAUCGAGUACUCCAGCAAAUUCAAUAAAUUUGAAAGUAAAAGAGUUGGCAGCAUCCUACAACUUUAUCACUGCUCGAAUAGGACAAAGUGGAGAAAAUGCAUACUAUGUCCCAUCUUGGUCGAAAAGCAUGAAGUUGGCGGGAAUGACCUGCCACUACAAAAUGCAGGCAUUUGAUUUUGCUGACGAGCUGACGUGCCUCGGAAAAUCAAAUGACAUUGUCAGAGUCGUGUGGGCCAAUAUAUACGGUGGCUCUUCACCUGGGCUUCAAUGGACAUACUACGAGCCAAGCGAGGGCAAUUCCUCUACGUAUGAGUACGCUAUUUCAAGCAGCUGGGGAGAAUGCAGUAAAACAUGUGCUGGAGGGGUACAAAGUCGCACAAUCAUAUGUAGAAGAACUGAUGAUCAGACACCUAUUAGCAUUGCAUAUUGCAAAUCAUUGCCUAGACCAGUUGAUUCUCAACCAUGCAAUCAGCAAUUAUGCCCUCCACAGUGGUACAUAAGCCCAUGGUCCGAAUGUAACAAGACUUGUGGAACAGGACAGAGAACAAGAAACAUAACUUGUUCUCAGCUUGGCUCGGAUGGGAAGUAUCAUGAAGUGAGCGAUGCAGCCUUGUGCACAGCAACGAAACCAACCGUCUACACAGUGGAAAACUGUAAUGUCAUUGCCUGUACUGCUCAAUGGGUUCUUGGUAAAUGGAGUGAGUGCUCGACGUCUUGUGGUCAAGGGACAAGAACACAGGAAGUAAGCUGCAAAAGAACUGGUGCAGAUGGGACAAUAAGUGAAGCUCGUCCUUUGGAAUGCACUGAUCCGAAGCCUCCAACCAUUGAAGCAUGCAAUAUCGAUAACCCAUGCCCUGUUUGGGUCAUCAAAUACUCUAACUGUUCAAAGCUCUGCGGAGGAGGCUUCCAAUACGCUUACACUGAGUGCCAGAGGAUUGACAAGAAAGUUGCAGACAGCGAAUGCCCUGCGGCUACGAAACCUGAUAUCAGUGCUAUCCCACCGAAGUCAUGCAAUACUGAAGCAUGUGACUCGUAUGAUUGGCAUACAAAGGAUGGAACCUGUAGCGUCAGUUGUGGGGACGGUACCAUACCAGUCACGGUGACGUGCAAGAGAGCUAGAGAUGGCUUAGUCGUUGGUGACGAGAUGUGCAGCAAUACCACCAAGCCAGCCACUACGAAACCCUGUAAUGCAGGAGACUGUGCCGAGGUAUUUGAAUGGAAGAUUGUAGCAGGGACCUGUAGUGUUACCUGCGGUGUAGGAAAAAUCACAGACAAGGUUGUUUGCAUACGAAAACGAGAUGGUGCCAGCGUUCAAGAUAUCUACUGCGAGGCCUCUCUGAAGCCGAGUGUUGGUCCACCACGAAAAUGCCUCUUAACUGUAUGUCCAGACACAUUCUCGUGGAAUGUCACAUAUGGCGCAUGCAGUGUCUCUUGUUCAACAGGUGUAAAGCAGCCAAUAGUAAAAUGUGUUAGAGACAGUGAUAAGGUGGUGGUAGAUGACUCUAAAUGUGAACAAGCCAAGCCUUCACCAACCAAUGAAAGUUGUAACAUGGGAGAAUGUCCCGUUUUAUACGAAUGGAGAGAAGUUUGGAGCACUUGCAGUGCAUCUUGUGGAGAAGGGACCAAAACCAGCCAAUUCAAAUGUUACAUGGCAUCUGCAAGCACCAUUAUGAGCGAUAGCUACUGUUCAUCCACAACAAAACCAGCAUCUAGGACGACUGCUUGUACUACUCAGUGUACAUGGGCACCAAAGUAUGGCGUGUGUCUUGCUGACUGUGGAUCAGGACACAAAUUGAUGUCCCUUGUAUGUCAAAACGAAAAGAAAGAGAUAGUUGAAAGCAAGAACUGCGCUAGUGCACCAGUAGGCACAUAUACACAAGAAUCCUGUUCAGCGGCGACUACUUGUACAGAAUAUGCCCCAGAAAUAACCGACAUCCCAAAGUUCUACUCAGUUGGUUGCUAUAAAGAUAAUAUUUACGACAGGAAUUUGGAAAACUGGGUGGGAAACUUCAGAAACCAGAUUGAUUGGAACGACAUGUCAAAAACUGUCAAAUCAUGUGCGCGCCAGGCAGCCUCCUACAAAUUCUUUGGAGUUCAAUACUACGGUGAAUGUUGGGCCUCGAACAAAACGAAAUAUUUUCUCAGUGGAAGUUCACAUAAUUGUUACAUGGGCACUGGUGGAGAAUUUGUGAACUAUAUUUAUGUAUUCAAUGCACCUAUCGCAACGACAAGAUUACCUGCAGUCAAGCCAAUGGGAUGCUUUGCAGAUAAUUUGAGCUCACCACGACCGCUGCCUUACUUGAUAGAUAAUUUGAGGCAUAUCUUUCAAGACAAAGCAAUCGAUCAGAAAACAGCUGAAAUCGUGAUUUCAAAAUGUGCCAAAAUGGCAUCGAUGCGUGGAUACACAAUAUUUGGUAUACAAUACCACGGUGAAUGCUGGUCAGGCCCCUCUGCACAACUCACAUACAUGGAGGAUGGAGCAUCAAGUGCAUGUGUUCACGGACUGGGCGGAAUCAACUCGUAUUAUGUUUAUUCCUUUGUUUAAAUAAUUCAACUUUAGCAGGCACGCCAAAAUAUUUAUUUAUGCUCUUAAUGUUUAAAGGUGCUGGUUAUCAAUUUAUGGUGAAUUUGAAAAACAAUCUAUUUUCUGGAAUAUAUAUGCAAUAAAUGUUGGUAUAGCGAUAAAAUAUCUGGUGAAUCUCUUAAUUCUAUCGGUCUUGGUACUUGAGCUUGUUGAAUUUAGCAUAAUACUGUAGCUGGAGGUGAUAUUUCCUAAAUUGUUGUGACGACGCAGUUUUUGCAGAUUGUGGGUGUACUGGAUUCCGGUGACAAUUAAAGAUGUGCUCACUUGAUUGCUUUCUUCAAUCAAAUAUGACAGCCAAUUCAACGUCUUUUUAGUAUUACAUUUUAGCAACCGAUGUAUACAGCGGUUUUUCAAAGAAUUAACACACUGACACAUCUUCUUCUUCUUAAUUUAUUGAGCAGUAAAAAGACAUUGAAAUGUUAUGAAUAGAGCUUUUAAUUAUCAACAAUAUCAUCUGUGUAUCUAAGCAGGACACUUCUGAAAGAUUAUUGUUUGAAAUUUGGGUGGCUGUGUCCCUUUCUAAAAUCCCUUCAAGUUUUGAAAUACUUGAAAAGUUAUUUUCUUAGUUGUAUUUGACUGUAAUGACAUACUUAGUCUCAAGUCUUUGAUAUCUAGCAAAACCCGACAAGUGUAAACUCUCAGUAGUUUUAUCGUGAAAACCUGACA